AUGGCCCAGGUGAAGGUAGCAGGGGACGCAGCGAGGAGCCACCAGGACUGUGCAGAGGUUUACUCUGAUAUGGCGACUGUCAGCUCCAGUGCAGAUAUAGGAGAGUCGGUGAGGAAGGGGUCAUUGUGUGAGACCUCCAUGGCUGCUGGUCUCAGCCGCCGGAGCAGGGCGUACCCCUCCGCUGCCAGGAGACGCCACCGCACCACCUUCAGCCACAAGCAGCUGGAACAGCUGGAGGUGGCCUUUGGACAGAACCAGUAUCCUGACAUCUACUACAGAGAGGAGCUGUCCCGCAUCACCAAGCUCAACGAGGCUCGCAUACAGGUGUGGUUUCAGAACAGAAGAGCCAAGCAGCGGAAGCAGGAGCGAGCCUCUCAGAAGCUGCUCCCUGUGGGCGUGAUGCCGGGCCACAGGGCUCUGCUGGGAGGCGUGCACGUGCAGCCGGCCAGCUUGGCCCGACAGUACUACACCCAGCCCCUGGCCCACAUCCCCCGCCUCUCCCCUAUGUUGCCCUCUGGGGCGUUUGCCCGCCACCCGGGCCCGGUCGGCCAGUGCCCCUGUCCCAGUGUUGCCCCACAGCAUGCUUCUCAGCGCCAGCAUGAUGAUUGGUACAGCCCCCUGAGAGGCAACCUCCCCUCACCCAUGUUCUCUCUGGCCUCCAUGCAGCCCCUGGACCCCACCUCUCACUGGAGCUAG